CCCGCGAAUUUCAAACCCGCGUUGGACUGGGUGCGAAUUAUUACAAUGGCGGCGAUGUUAGAUGCUUCUGCUGUUCGAUGGCACGAAGUUCUCGAUUUAUACGGCGUUGUGGUCAAAGAGAUGGCAAAAGGGAAGAAAAAGGACAAAGCUGAACAGCUACUUGAGUUGGACAACUGGUUUCAACAAGAACUCCCUGUCUCCAUAAGCAGCCGGGAAGAGAAAUAUCUUACUAAAGAUGAGCUUACAAAACUCAUGACUUGGAAACUAUCUAGGGGAAAGUUUCGUCCUCGUCUUGUUGACCUGAUCAAGUCAAACAGUGAUGAUAAGAUUGACACAUUGACCAAGAAAGCAUUCAAGCUGCUACCAGAUGUGAUACAGGCAAUCAAGGUGCUGUCUGAAUUGAAUGGCGUAGGACCAGCCACUGCAUCAGCCAUUCUGUGUGCUGGCUCUCCAAACGUGCCAUUCAUGGCUGAUGAGGCAAUGGCUUCCUUGCCAUCUGGGCAGGGAAAGCUCCAAUACACACCCAAGGCUUAUCAGGCAUAUCUAGAUGAUCUGAGAGGCGUCCUGACUAAGCUACAAAAGGAAGACCCCGAGGGUAAAUGGGACGAGCACAAAGUUGAGCUAGCGCUGUGGACGUACACCGUCGCCUCCAAACACGCCCCUCAUUUACUUGACUCGGGAAAAACAAGUAAACGUAAAACUUCAGAAAACACGAAUGAAGGAAUUAAAAGAAGCAAGAAAUAAUACACGUACAAUGGUCCGGUACCUGACUGAGAGAAACCAAUACAUGGAACAAAACCAAUUUGAAUUACCAGUGUUAGUCAGGGACCGAACGACUAACACGUUUACACACAUUAGACAACAAGCUCAGUGAGGAGUUCGAACCCGCCUGCACUACGCACACAUGCUACCCUGUUUCCCGAUGCUCACUCAAAAAGCAAACCUACUAUUUUAACUAUGCUACAGUCUCUUUCUCAAGCGGACUGCUGGGUUCAGGGAUGGACACAGACACCCGGCCAUGUGACGACACGCCCCUCCCAAGUAGGUCCAUUAUUCCAAGUACCAGCUCAGCCCUUAUGUCCCUCUUGAAGAAGGAGUAGACUAGCGGGUUAACGGCACUGUUGAGUAGGAUUAGCAAUCUCGAGAUGUCAAUCACAAACAGUGGGGGGAGUCCAUAACCAAAUAAGAAUCGGAAGUAUCUAUACGCUGAUAGGGACCAGCAAACGACGAAUAACAGCACUAUCAGUCCAUAAACACGAAUACUAGCCCUCCCAUCUCGCCUAAGUCUCUUCCUUCGCUGUUCCUCGCGCAUCUGGCUGAGGUCGAGUUGGGACUGGGCUCUGAUGGAAUGGGACUGUCUCCAAGUUGUGUAGUAUAUCAAGGCGUAAGCCAAGAGCAUUGCGGCGCAUGGCAUGAUGGUAAAUGCGGUGAUCUGGAUAGUGUAAAACACGCGCUCCACUUUGAUGAGGAAGUCUGGGGCCAAGUGUUGCCACGUCAACGGUAGGCAGCUAACAACGCCUGGCAAGCCCCAGGCCAUCCCGAUCAUCCAACGUCGAGCACGCCUGGUCUUGAGUACGUAAUACUUGUAGGGCAUGCGCACUGCAACGUAUCGAUCCACAGUGAUUACACACAGGUUACCCACGGACACGAACAGGAAUAUGAAGUUGAGGAUCGAAACAAGCACGACGUCACAGCUGGUCACAAGUUUGAAGGCGCAGAAAUACGAGGACGGUACCACAGCUAUCCCAAUCAGGAAGUCUGCCGUGGCCAAGGAAAGAGUAAGCCAGUUGGUGGUAGAGUGGAGACUGCGUCGAGUCGCUAUCAAGUAAAUGAUGAGAGCAUUGCCGAACACGAUUAUUACUCCCACUAGCCCCCUAAGGACCCAGUACCAUGUUUCGUCAUUUUCGUCCAGGGGUGCGUCAGGGCUAGUCGUUGCAUUUAUAGUUGUAUUUAGCGCUUUUUGCAUGUCAGGCUCUUGAAAGAUAAACUUUGAAAGUGUCACAGUAA